AAUCAGACUCUCAACCACCCUCCACUCUCUUUUUUUUUUUUUUUGUAUUUUUCUGAAGAAAUAGUUCUUUAAAGCAUUGCAUUUCUCUGUGCUUUAUCGCUAGGCUCUUCUUCAUUUGUGAUUUCAUUAUCAGCCAAAGUAGUUUCACCUUCUUCAGGAUUACCAUAUUUGGAUAAUUACCAGGCAAGAUGGAAAAUGAUUUGAAAGAAGGAGAAGGUGAAAAAGAAUUUCCCUGUGAUUCUUCUCUAAACAAGGUUGAUCCUGGGAAGCCUGCUUCACUUACUUGGCAAAGGAAGUUGAAUUAUAAUGGAAAUAUGCCUUCAGAGUUCAAUGUUUCAUUUAAAGAGUCAAUGCAUAUGAUUUCAAUGGGGUUUCGAUUAUGGCGAUAUGGCAAAGAAGAAGCCGCAAAUGGAAGACUACCAAUAUUCGACAUGUUCACAAAGAGGUCCGUCACAUGUCAUCAUGGCAUUCCUUUAGGUGGAAUUGGUGCAGGAAGUAUUGGAAGAAGUUACAGAGGGGAGUUUCAAGAGUUCCAGCUAUUUCCUUUGACAUUUGAAGACAGUCCAGUUUUAGCAAACCAGUUUUCUGUUUUCGUUUCACGGCCCAACGGUGAGAAGUUUUCAACUGUAUUAUGCUCAAGGAGCCCGGAGGUGCCAAAAGAAGCUAAAUCCCCUGGCAUUGAAUCUUGGGAUUGGAAUAUGAAUGCUGAGAAAUGUACAUACCAUGCUUUGUAUCCAAGGGCUUGGACAAUAUAUGAUGGUACACCUGAUCCAGAACUUGAAAUUGUUUCACGUCAAGUCUCUCCAUUUAUUCCCCACAAUUACAAGGAAAGCAGUUUCCCUGUAUCGGUAUUUACCUUCACGCUAUCUAAUAAAGGAAGAACAUCUGCAAAUGUUACCUUGAAUUUUACAUGGGCUAAUUCUGUCGGUGGAGACUCUGGAAAUUCAGGUCAUCACUUCAACUCAAAGAUGAUGACAGAAGAUGGAGUGCAUGGUGUACUUUUACAUCACAAAACUGCAAAAGGACACCCUCCUGUUACUUUUGCCAUUGCAGCAGAGGAAACCGCUGAUGUCCAUAUCUCGAAAUGUCCUUGCUUUGUAAUAUCCGGUGAUUCCCAAGGCAUCAUCACAGCAGAAGAUAUGUGGCAUGAAAUAAAAAAGUAUGGAUCGUUUGACCACCUAGAUAGCAAUGAGAAGUUGAUGCCUUCGAAACCAGGAUCAUCUAUUGGAGCAGCCAUUGCAGCCUCUUUGAGUAUCCCUUCUGGUGCUGCAAAGACUGUCACGUUUUCUCUGGCUUGGGACUGCCCAGAAGUGAGAUUUAGUGGAAAAACUUACCACAGCCGCUACACAAAAUUUUAUGGUUCUAAUGGAGAUGCGGCAGAAAACAUUGCACGCGAUGCCAUCAUUGAACAUGCCAAGUGGGAAUCCCAGAUAGAAGCAUGGCAAAGGCCAAUUCUAGAAGACAAAAGACUUCCUGAAUGGUAUCCAAUCACUCUCUUCAAUGAGCUCUAUUAUCUCAACGCAGGGGGGACAAUUUGGACAGAUGGAUUGCCUCCAAUGCAAAGUUUCAUAGCCCUUGGCAGGAGAAAAUUUUCCAUUGAUUGUUCUAAAUUAAAUUCAAAAGAUACCAUUAACGGUUUACAUGAAAAUGACACCGCUAUACAAAUUCUCGAAAGGAUGAGUUCUGUAUUUGAGCAAAUACAUACUCCAGAAACAGCAAAUCCUGCUUUUGGCACCAGUUUGCUCCAAAGUGAUGAAGAAAAUAUUGGACAGUUUCUUUAUCUUGAAGGAAAAGAAUACCUUAUGUGGAACACUUACGAUGUUCAUUUUUACUCCUCCUAUGCAUUGCUCAUGCUAUUCCCGAAAAUCGAACUCAGCAUCCAAAGAGACUUUGCAGCAGCAGUGAUGAUGCAUGAUCCUGGCCUGAUGAAAAUCAUGAGUGAUGGAAAACGUGUUCCACGAAAGAUUCUUGGUGCUGUUCCUCAUGAUAUGGGACUAAAUGAUCCUUGGUUUGAAAUAAAUGCUUAUAACCUAUUUAAUUCAGCUAAAUGGAAAGAUUUGAAUUCCAAGUUUGUUCUUCAAGUUUACAGGGAUAUGGUUGCUACUGGUGAUAAGAAUUUUGCCAAAGCUGUUUGGCCCUCAGUUUAUAUGGCAAUGGCUUUUAUGGAUCAAUUUGAUAAGGACGGAGAUGGGAUGAUCGAAAAUGAAGGCUUUCCGGACCAGACUUAUGAUGCAUGGCCUGUUACUGGUGUGAGUGCAUAUUGUGGUGGCCUUUGGUUAGCAGCCCUCCAAGCUGCUUCAGCAAUGGCACAUGAACUCGGUGAUCAUGCAUCUGCAAAUUACUUUUUGGUUAGAUAUCAAAAGGCAAAAGGUGUAUAUGACACAUUAUGGAAUGGUUCAUACUUCAAUUAUGACAAUAGUGGUGGUAGCUGCAGUGCAUCUAUUCAAGCUGAUCAAAUGGCAGGACAAUGGUACAGCAGAGCAUGUGGUCUGUCUCCAAUUGUGGAUGAACACAAAGUGAGGAGUGCACUUGAGAAAGUCUACAAUUUCAAUGUCUUGAAGGUUAAGGGUGGUUCACGUGGAGCAGUGAACGGGAUGCUGCCGGAUGGAAGAGUUGACAUGACUGGAAUGCAAUCGAGAGAAAUUUGGCCUGGUGUAACAUAUUCUGUUGCUGCUACAAUGAUUCAAGAGGGAAUGGUGGACAUGGCAUUUCAAACUGCAGCUGGUAUUCAUGAAGCAGCCUGGUCUCAACAAGGUCUUGGUUAUUCUUUUCAGACCCCAGAGGGUUGGAAUACCGAUGACCAAUAUAGAGCUCUUGGUUAUAUGAGACCAUUGGCCAUAUGGGCAAUGCAGUGGGCUUUGUCAAGUCCCAAACCCCUCAAGACACAAACAAAACUUGAACCCAUGGAAGCCCAUUUAUACUCCACACAACAUGCAAGAUUUUCAAAUGUUGCAAGCGUUUUAAAGUUGCCCAAGGAAGAAGAUGAUAAAAGCUUCUUGCAGAUUGUUUAUGAUUUCACUUGCAGAAGAUUUUUACUCUAAAUUUUGUGGUAAAUCAAGCACAAAAUUGGAGGUAUCUUUAAAAUAGGAAUAGGCAAAUUGAUUGCAUUGCUACAAAUUUUUACUACCAAGGCAGAUCAUGCAUUCAGAUGGUUUUGUUAUCAGUAUUCACCAAAAACAAAUAGGCAGAUGAUGUUUUAUUAUCAAUCUCAAAUGUACUUUGUCAUGCAUCUAAUUUAAUAAUUUGUUUUUAGUCCA